AUGACUUCUAUAAAAACCCUGGCCCGGACUGCAAUCCUCUUAUACACCAUAUGCUUUCUUACAAACUCUGAUGGGAGACCAAUGGUGAAAAGAUCAGUGAGUGAGAUGCAGUUGAUGCACAACCUUGGGGAGCACCGACACGCCGUGGAGAGGCAGGACUGGCUCCAGCUGAAGCUGCAGGACGUGCACAGCGCCCUGGAGGACGCCCGGACCCAGAGGCCUCGCAACAAGGAUGACAUUGUCCUGGGCCGGAGGCUGCUCCCCGAGCACCUGCGGGCAGCAGUGCAGAAGAAAUCGGUGGAUCUGGACAAAGCUUACAUGGAUGUCCUCUUUAAAACAAAGCCAUAA